AUGUCGGAGACUGAGGCCCCAGACAAAGAGCGCCCGCUCUUGGGCGCGGUCAUUUGCUUCACAUCAGUACCAUUAGAGCAGAGAACUCAACUCAGCAAUGUCGCAAAGGAAAUGGGCGCAAUUGAGCGGCCGGACCUCACAGCAGACGUGACACACCUACUAGUUGGCGCGACAGACUCGCCCAAGUACAAAUUCGUCGCCCGCGAAAGAAACGAUGUCACGGUUCUGAGACCAGAGUGGAUCGAGGCUGUCCGACAGUCGUGGAUGCAGGGAGGGGAUACCGACAUUCAGGCAUUGGUUAAACAACACGAGCUCCCGACCUUCUUCGGCCUCACGAUAUGUAUUACGGGAUUUUCCGACAUGGCCUUUCGAAAUCAGAUGCACGAUCUCGCGGUGGACAACGGGGCUGAGUUUCGCAAAGACCUGACCAAAAGCGUGACUCACCUAGUCUCUCGUAGCACUGAGGGGGAGAAGUACAAAUUCGCUACACAAUGGAACAUUAAGGUCGUCACUGUGAAAUGGUUCCACGAUUGUCUCGACCGCGGAAUGAUCCUAGACGAGGAUAAAUACCACCCCUCUCUACCGUUGGAGCAACAAGGCCUCGGAGCCUGGGAUCGGACGAUACCCCUGAGUGCAAAGAUGCAGCUCGGCAAAGCGCGAGCUGCCGAUGACUCUACUUUGAACCCAAGGCCGAAGAAGAGAAUUCGCCGAACAGCGAGCACCAAAUUGAUCGGUCAGAACGAAAAUAUAUGGGGUGACAUCAUCGGUGCUGGGAUUGCAAAUGAAGCGGCCGAGUCAACAGGCCAAUUGUCAGACGCGACGGCGGAUGGCAAGAUCAAACUACCAAUACAAGCAGCAAAGUCAUUUGCAAGUGAGUCGACAUUCACAGAAAAUAGAGAGCCACAACAAGCACCACCUAAGAUACCGGCUCGGGUCCCAGAAGGUUUCCUCGAGGGAUGCUUCUUUUGUGUUCAUGGGUUCACGCCCAAACAGAAAAGCGUCCUUCGACACCAUCUCGAAUUCAACGCAGCCCAAUGCGUCAACUCUUUGUCUGAAUUUGCGAGUCCUAGUAUACCCAAGUCUGGGCAAGGGCUUUAUCUCAUGGUCCCGUACAAGACCCCACAGUCGGACAUACCGUCUACAGAUGAUCUGGCAUUUGAAUGCGAAGUUGUCACAGACAUGUGGCUGGAAAGGUGUUUGGAUGCUCGUACCCUGGUACCACCUGAGUCUCAUGUCGCAAGCACUCCAUUUGCAAGAUUCCCUAUCCCAGGAUUCACAGGGAUGCGGAUGUGUUCCACGGGGUUUACUCGCAUUGAUCUACUCCACCUCUCUAAGAUAGUCGAGUUAAUGGGGGCGUCAUAUGACGAAUAUCUCACUCCGAAAGCGUCCGUCCUCAUUUGUAAUGAUCCCCAAACGGCCAGCUCUGACAAGCUUCGCCAUACCAGUGAAUGGGGAGUUCCAGCCGUGUCGGCUGAUUGGUUCUGGAUAUCCGUACAAGCGGGUCAGAAGAAACCUUUUGACCCGUACAUUGUUCGGAGAGCCAUCUCUCAACAACAAGGAAGUGGUAGCAGGUCGAAUGGAGAUCCCUUGAAUGGGAAGCAGGCUCACCGACUAUCUGAUAAGGUUCACUCGAAAUCAUCGACGGCUGACAGGAAUGCCCCGAUUAAGCAACCAGUUGAAAAGGCACUGCACGAAGGUAGCAGUGCUUCACGACUGACGAUACCUGGUGACGGAUUUGCGGACGAGGACACUGCUGACCACCCUCAGGCGAGUGUGGCAGAAUCACGAUCUCCUUCGCCUGACAGGAGCAAGGAAACAGCGCUCAGCAAAGUCCCUGCAGAACCUCCGAAAACGACAGGUCCUUCCGCGUUAGACUCUGCCCUGAAGGGUCUUCUGGAGCGAGCCCAGGCAGCCAAGACUCGACGUCAGUCGGAGACGACAACCAACACAGAUGAAGGCAGUCAUGCUCUUCGUCGAAAACGCAAACCUCUGCUCGGCCGCGCGCCAUCUCACUCGUCGAACCGAGCCAGUGAGCUCACCCAUUCACCAUCACGCGCCAGUUCAAUUGAUACCCUCAAUGAUGAUGGCCUCGGAUCAGCCCUGGAAAGUGUGGAGAACACGCGUGAGAACUCUAUAUCUCGCACCAAUAGUCGCCGUGAGCAAAGUCUCUCAUCAAUGUUCAGCGGCGCCAAAUUCGACUUCCUGGUGAAUCCGUCGGGCGAGGCGGUCGACCACGAAGAUGAAGAAAACCAGCAGCCUCAGAUGACCCAAUUGGACUACGAGGACCCGGACGCCAAGGCGAUGAGGGCUAAAUUCCUUCGCAAUGCGGGGAAAGUGGCGGACAAGUCGACUGAAGCAGAUUCGGAGAUGCUUUUAGGUCAAGUUCGGGAAUUGGAGGAUGUUGGAUGGAGCCAUGGGCGGAGGACUCGAAAGCAGGCGCCCAAGGAUAAUUAUGAACAAUGA